CGAUAGUACACUGGCGGGCUAACUUUCCUGUCAAAAAGUUUGCGCAAAAUGCAUAAAAAAAUUGUAAGGUUGACUGUCAGCGAUGUCAGAUUUCCAACGUCUUUGGAGCAACAUGGUUCAGACGCAAUGCACACCGACCCGGACUACUCUGUCGCCUAUGUUGUCAUCGAAACUGAUCAAGGAAUGCAUGGAUAUGGGUUGACUUUUACUGUGGGGAGAGGCACAGAAAUUGUUGUGUGUGCUGUGGAAGCCCUGUCAGCCCUAGUUGUGGGGAAAUCUCUAGAGGAGAUUGUGAGUGACUUCCGUGGAUUUUACCGUCUCCUCACCAGCGAUGGACAGAUGCGAUGGAUUGGACCAGAGAAAGGAGUCAUUCAGUUGGCCACUGCGGCGGUCCUGAAUGCAGUAUGGGACCUCUGGGCACGGUCCGAGGGCAAGCCACUGUGGAAGCUACUUGUUGAAAUGGACCCCAGAAAGCUCAUCUCAUGCAUUGACUUCAGAUAUAUCACUGAUGCCCUUACUGAACAGGAGGCGCUUGAUAUACUUGUGAAAGCUCAGACGGGGAAGCAGCAGAGAGUGGACCAGAUGCUGAAGGAGGGUUAUCCUGCCUAUACCACCUCCUGUGCCUGGCUAGGAUACUCCGACCAGCUGCUGAAACAGUUGUGCACCGAUGCACUAAAUGAUGGAUGGACCAAGUUCAAAGUGAAGGUGGGGGCUGACCUAGAGGAUGACAUUCGCCGGUGCAGUCUCAUACGGCAGAUGAUUGGACCCCACAACACACUGAUGAUUGAUGCCAACCAAAGGUGGGACGUAGGCGAGGCCAUAACCUGGGCGACCAGGCUGGCUGAGUACAAACCCCUGUGGAUCGAAGAGCCCACCUCCCCUGACGAUAUCCUGGGACAUGCUGCCAUCUCCAAGGCCUUGGCUCCGCUUGGCAUUGGCGUGGCCACAGGAGAACAGUGCCAUAAUAGAGUGAUGUUCAAGCAGUUCCUUCAGGCGUCAGCGUUGCAGUUUGUCCAGAUUGACAGCUGUAGACUGGGCAGUGUCAACGAGAACCUAGCCGUGCUGCUCAUGGCCCACAAAUUCAAGGUGCCUGUGUGUCCUCAUGCUGGAGGUGUUGGACUGUGUGAGCUGGUUCAGCACCUGAUUCUCUUUGACUACAUCUCUGUGUCUGCCAGUCUUGACAACCGGAUGUGUGAAUUUGUGGACCACCUCCAUCAGCACUUCAGAAGUCCUGUUGUGAUUCAGAACGCCCACUACAUGCCUCCCAAGGAUCCAGGCUACUCCUGUGAGAUGUUGGAGUCGUCAGUGCAGACACACCAGUACCCUCAGGGGCAAGUGUGGAAGAACCUCCAGUGACGGUACGGUGUCGUGGAGGAAGCCGAGCAGUUAAAGUAGAUUUUUCAACCAAACACAGAAGGUUGCCCGACAAUGAUAUUCUUAACCAAAUACAUUAAUUUUUCAAUGGUUGCUUAUCAUUGCACAAGAUGAAAUUAUUUCACUUUUGUAUGUUUCUAACAGGGAUGUUUGUGCCAAUAAUCAAGCUUUAACUAAAUGUAUACAUUCUUUAUUUACCAAAUUCCUGUGAUUAAAAACCAUAAAAUACA